CGAAAUGGUAAGAUUUGGUGAACGUAUAAGAUCAAUUCAUAAUGUACAUGUUCCUUUUUAACUGGCUAGUCGUGAUAGUUAUUGUACAACUGUCGGAUAAUUGCUACAGGCAAGGACCAAAAAUGAAGAUAAUAUGUGCAGGACUUCAGAAAACCGGUACAAAAACUAUGGCUCAAGCAUUAAGAAUACUUGGCUAUAAUGUACAUGAUGUAUUUGAACAGUUUUUCUACGAAAAAGAGUUGUGGAACAAGGUUCUCGAGAACUCGGCAUCCGUGAAAGACUACCAAAAAUUUCUCGGAGAAAUUGAUGCAGUAAUGGACUGGCCUGCUGUUGCUGUUUGGGAACAAAUAAUGGAAGCUUUCCCGGAUGCAAAGAUAAUUCUGACGGUUCGUUCGACAGAAGAUGAAUGGUACGAAAGUAUGAAAAAACAUUUUGAAGUUGCAAACCAAUAUGUAACAAUGAAUGAAAAUUUACUCAGAAUACUUUUACUAUUUGCGGGACCACUUGCCAGAGAAUUCAAUAAAACGCAAAGAGCGUUUAUACCGGCCUGUCUUGGAUUGCCGGUAAUGUAUGGAUCACAUACUGAAACGUUUCUGAGAUCUCGCUAUCGACAGCAUAAUCUUUAUGUGAAAUCAAUUUGUCCGAACGAAAAACUUUUAAUAUACAAUGUUAAAGAUGGCUGGAAGCCACUGUGCGACUUUUUGAACGUCGGAUAUCCGGAUACGCCUUUUCCAAGAGAGAACAUAAAAUCGGAUAUGAUUCACAAACUUUUGAAUAAUAAAUGGGAGCACGAUUGCGGAUUCCAAAGCCGUAUGGAUAGACAAAUAAGAAUAAAUAGUCAAAAUGAUUUAAUCAUAUGGCAUCUCGUUUGGUUACCAGUCCAUGUUCAAAUGCAUGAAUUAACUGCUGGAGGAAAUCUUACCAACCAGCGGUUACGUUAGCACAAUAAGACGACAGGAGUUUACCAAUCACCUAGGACACAAUUGCCUCCGACGGGAUUUGAUCCCACUAAGGGUGAGCAUAGGUGCGAUGGCAAGCAUGUUCCUAACGCUCAGCACGGUGCGCCAACGUCGGUUCUGAGAAAUGAUUAAAUGGAGCAAAAUCACGAAGCCUUGAAAGUAGCUCAUUCCUAACGUAACGAAUGUUUUUAUCGAACCACGAGCCCAUCACAUCGUUGGAAAUUUAAAACAUCAUACGCAAAAUGAAGCUUAAGUCUAGUUUGAGAGUCGAUGAAAUUUCAUUCAAAAUAGUUGAAUAUUUACUCAAAAUUCCAAGACAGCCAAAGUUCUUCUUCCUCUUCUCAAAAAGGGUAGCAUUUCAGAUCUUGGAAGUUAUAAACCCAUUAGUUUCUAACGUCGCUUUCCAAAAUUUUUGAAAAAAUAAUAGCAGAAUGUCAAGUUAUCGGGCGCGAAGUCAAAAUUUUGUUGUUGUGUGAAUUUUUUUCUUGUUGUAUAUGAAAAAACGCCGUUCUCGUUAACUACCAAUUGUUUUAAAUUUUCAACGGUUUAAGAUUUUACCUCUGUGGUUGUGUGUGAAUUGAAUCAAUACUUGCAGGUGAAUGAAAACGUAUCACUUCUUUAUGACAAAACCUUCGCUUUGCCUCGCUCAAGGUCUUGCUUUUGUUUUCGUUUAUUUUUUAUUAAUCAUUUUAUGCAAUGCAAUAUCUUUCUGUAUUGUUUUGUUUGCUCUCUUGAUUCUAUAAUCAGUUUUUGAUUUAUUCACUUUUAUCAAAUACUUUAUCGUCUGUCAUGCGGAUUAUGGAAUCGAAAUAAAGUUAUAUCUCUAACUAAAAAGGGUCAUGAAAUGA